ACCUCCUUUCCACUUUCUUCAUCCUCGUCCUCACGAUCUACAUUUUCUCUAUAAUAUUCAAUCAUUAUUCAUCUUUUAUCACUCUCAUCGUGUUUCACUCUCCAAAGCACAAAUUCAUACAUAAAAAUCUCAUCUUUAUCUUUCUUUUUCCCCAACUACUCCCUCAAUCUUCGCUUGUUUGUCCCCCACAAUCAAUCAAACUCAAACCCACAUUAAAAAUCCUAUCUUUUUCUUAAUUAGCUUCGUGGGUGCUCUUAAAUUCGUAUUUUUAGUAGCUAAAUAGUUGUCAAAAAAGUGUUUUACCCAAAUUUAAAACCUGGGUUUUUUGUAUUUUAUAAAAAAGAUUCUUAAUUUGGGUGUUUCUUGAUUUUGUAUAGUGUAUUCACUUGCUGAUUUUGAUGCAGGGUUUUGGGUUUGUUUUGAAAAUCAUCAUCUAGGUUUUUUUUUUUUUUUUAAACCUUAAUUUGAGGAUUAAUUAGGUUUUUUGUAUUUUAAAUAUACAAAAAAAAAAAAAAAAAAGAAUCUUGAUUAGGAUGUUUUUUUGAUUCUGUUUAGUGUUUAUUUAGUUGCUGGUCUUGAGGCAAGUUUUAGGGUGGAUUUAAAAUAUAUCAAAUUUGAUGUUUAAAUAAUGUGUAUGUGAAUCUGACCUGGGUUUUUUGUAUUUUAUAAAAUAAAAAUAAAAAAAGAAAAAGAAUCUUUAUUUGGGUGUUUCUUGAUUCUGUAAAGUGUGUAUUCAGUUGCUGAUUUUGAUGCAAGUUUUCAGGUUGGUUUUUGAAAUUUAUUAAUAACUAGGGUUUAGGUUUUUUGCACACCUUAAUUUGAGGUUUAAAUUAAGUUAUCAAGUUUAUGUGAAUCUGAACUGGGGUUCAGAGCUAAUUUAAGAAAGAAUCAUGGAUCAUGUUGUUGGUGGAAAGUUUAAACUUGGAAGGAAGAUUGGGAGUGGAUCUUUUGGUGAACUUUAUUUGGGUGUUAAUAUUCAGAGUGGUGAAGAAGUUGCUAUUAAGCUGGAAUCUAUCAAAACAAAGCAUCCGCAACUUCAUUAUGAAUCAAAAGUAUAUAUGCUUCUCCAAGGAGGAACCGGAAUACCAAACCUUAAGUGGUAUGGAGCCGAGGGAGAGUAUAAUAUCAUGGUUAUCGACCUUCUUGGACCGAGCCUUGAAGACCUUUUCAAUUAUUGUAAUAGAAAGUUUAGCUUGAAGACGGUGUUAAUGCUUGCAGAUCAACUAAUUAACAGAGUCGAAUACAUGCAUGCCAGGGGGUUUCUUCAUCGUGACAUAAAGCCCGAUAAUUUUUUAAUGGGCCUGGGCCGCAAAGCUAAUCAGGUGUACGCCAUUGAUUUUGGUCUCGCGAAAAAAUAUAGAGAUCUUCAAACUCAUAAACACAUACCAUACAGGGAAAACAAGAAUCUCACCGGCACGGCUCGUUACGCGAGUGUCAACACGCACCUUGGUGUUGAACAAAGUAGACGCGAUGAUCUCGAGUCUCUCGGUUAUGUUCUUAUGUAUUUCCUUAGAGGAAGCCUUCCGUGGCAGGGACUAAGAGCGGGAAACAAGAAACAAAAGUACGAUAAAAUAAGCGAAAAAAAGAUGCUGACUCCAAUAGAGGUGUUAUGUAAAUCAUACCCAUCGGAGUUCAUAUCAUACUUUCACUACUGUCGAUCACUGAGAUUCGAGGAUAAACCCGACUAUUCAUAUUUAAAGAGGCUUUUCCGAGACUUAUUUAUUCGUGAAGGCUAUCAAUUUGACUAUGUAUUCGAUUGGACCAUGUUAAAGUACCCUCAAAUUGGCGCCACCUCUAGAGGACGACUUCAAGGUGGAAACACGGGUAUAAAUGCUGGAACAUCAGCCGAAAAGCCAACAAGAACCUCAGCGGGACAAGAUAUCCGCGAUAGAAUCUCAGGCGCAGUAGAAGCGUUUUCUAGAAGAAAUUUGACAGGUGGCGCCCGACAAAGUUCACGAAACAAGAUCUCCGAUGAUGUACCAUCAUCAAAAGAUGUGCUGCCUAAUUCUGAGAGAAUCCGGUCCUCUCGAGACGGGGAUUCUUCGAAACGGGGUGCCACCGCUGGCAGCAGACCCGGCUCCUCAGUGGAACCAACAGAAGCCCGAUUAGCUCGUCAUGUGUCGUCCAGUGGGGCCCGCAUAUCAACUACUCAUAGAGUCCAACCACAACCGAGCUACGACACCAAACCGUUGGGAUUUUCACGUACUACGAAAGGUGGCCACGAAGACCAGCUUCGCAGCUUCGAGUUCCUGUCGAUUAGGAAGUGAAAAAAAUGACCAUUUUAUCCAAGUAAUUUUAGCUCUUGCUAAAAUGGAGAAACAUGUUUUCUUAUUGUAUUUGGUUGUCGUUUCUGGCUGCCCGAACCCGAAUUAUAAGUUUCGUGUUACGUCAGUCAUGACCCGUUGGGACAUGACGAAUAAGCUGUGAAACCCAUUGUAAAUUGCAUUUCCGGUUUUGCGCUUUGUAGCAAAAGGUUUAAGAUCAAAUCUGAAAAGAUGGUUUGUGUCCUUUAUGUUGUGUUUUGUAUUAACAAGAAUCAUAUGAAAGAAAUUUUUGUAAUAUUGUCGGGUUUUGAUCUA